GACUUUGACAUGCUUGGGUUUCUCUGGAGCUUGCGUGUUCUCUUCGAUUCUAGGAUGUUUCAGCUGGCCCACCCGUUUACAAACACUGUGUGAAGAAUUAAAUUGCGACAUACGUGUACCUCACUGAUGUCACGUGACCAAGUCGGAAGGGCGGGGUGCGACUAGUAAGACUGUACAACCACUCACUUCCUUGUCACCUGCAAACCUCGCAGCUUCACAGUUUGGUCUUUGGUCUGAUCGAGUGGCUGUCAACAUGGCAUGCACCAAGGGUUGGAAUGUCGGUCAUCUCAACCUGUCAGUCCAUUGGAGCUGUGGCAGCGCUAAGCGGAUCACAAGCGGUUGCGGUGGGUGGUACGACGACUGCUGCAACCGCUGGUAUCGGCAGAUUAGUCGGGUGGCUGCGGAAGAAGUAGAAGAUUCCAGAAGCCGACAGAAGCACGAAGAAAAGAUAUUCAUAGGGCAUCACCAACUGAUCAGCACGAAGAAUCAGACGGACGCAAGUGAAAAGCAAAUUGUGAGGGUCAGCAUGGCAUCAACAAAGGCGGCGGGUUUUCUGUCUCCUUUUGCUGAUGUCUCCAGUGGCAGCGAGGGACAAAGAAGACAUUCCUCUGCAGGUUCCUGGAUGUACAGCUGGCCAGACACCAGCUUCGUCACAGACUCCUUGGUGUGGAAGAUCGGUUUUCCUGUAACAGUCGGAGCGGUAGCUGUCGUAGCAGCUCCUGCAGCUGUCGCCGCAGCUGGCUUCGGUGCUGGCGGCAUCGCUGCUGGGUCUCUGGCUGCCAAAGGAAUGUCGCUAGCGGCUACAUCCGGGUACGGCAUGUCGGUGAUUGCCGGUCUUCAGUCCAUCGGAGCUGCAGGGCUGACGACCUUCCAGGCCCUCACGGUGGGGGGCGCUGUGGCCACAGGUGUUGGUGUUGGUGUUGGUGUAGGCAUCAGCGGCAGCGACAGCAGUAGCACCAGCACCACCACCAGCAGCAGCGACAGCAGCGGCACCGAGGACAAGAAAAAGACCCCGUGAAGUCCAUAAGCCAUGAUGAGGGUGAUGGGUUGGUGUGUAGCGGAUGAUUACACAUAUAAUCACAAAACUUUCAUGCUGAGUUUGAUCUCUGUUCGAUAAUAUAUGAUGUAAAAAAUUAGCGCACCUUUUAAAUUAUUUGUACAGGUUACUUCUUUUUGAAAAUCAUAAUCGUUAUUAUCUGAUGCUCAUGAUUGUGUGCAUUCUGUCUCACCCUCGGACAUCAGGGGUGUGUGCUCCGGCUAAAGGGAAGGAAUCCAAUAAGAGGGACAAAAUCAAUCUGAACGUAGCUGUCUCCCUUUAAUUUCUUACACGGUGUACGCGAGGGGAAAAGCCCCACAACUAAAAAAAAAUAACAACAAAAAACAACAACAAUAAAUAAAAAACUUUAGAAAAAAAAACCAAACGAACAAACAACCAAAAAACAACAACAACAACAAACUCAAAAGACAAAAAAACCAACCCUUGGAUUCGACACCACAAGGACUGCUCUACAGUGAACUCUAGAAGACCUGUGAAAGGCGACAGAUAGAGAAAACAGAGUUACAGAAUAGAAAUAAACAAAAGUGUAAUUUGUCACUAUGUGCAAGAAGGCACGAAAGGCACUAACUACUACUUUUCUAAAGCUAUGUACACACAAUUUUCCAGAUUUUAUGCAGCAUUUAGUAUACAAAUAACUGAUAUAAUGUAGUUUAAUGUAGUUUAUAACAGAUAUGAUAAACAAGAAAGCAUCUCUAGCCAAACAAGUUUGUGCACUGUACAUCACACACACAUAUAUAUAUAGGUAAAUUCAGCAGCACAGCAUCAUCCUUCAUUAAGCAGACCACUCAACACAGUGGUCCUAUUGAGACAAUUUAUUAAGCAACAAAUAAAAGUGGCAACAAAAUAUUUUAUUAUGUAUUAAUAGUUCUAUCGUAAACAUUUUGGAUAAAACCAGAUUUCUAAUAAUUGUACAUUUUCAUUGAAGGUUUAACGAUAACAAUCUUUCUAUCCUGUGUAAUUUUAUUAAUAAAGCACAGUGACGAA